AUGGACUCCCCCGCCAGGCGCCUAGACCGAUCCAGCGUUUUCAGCCUUGUUGCUCUCUUUGCGGCAGUCCUUUUAGGCGUACGAUUGUAUUCAUCGGCCGAUCUGGAAGCUUCAACUGCCGUGAAACUGGGCGCCGCGGGGUUCAAUCCGCUGACCGCAGACUUAAAAGAGUUACAAGACGCACUCGACAAGGGAACUCUGCGCAGUGUUGAUCUUGUGCGGUUGUACACAGAUCAGAUCCAGAGACACGAUGGUCGCCUGAAGGCCAUGAUCAGGUUCAAGCCAUUGGCGAGUGUCCUCAAGGCUGCGGAGAUCCUCGACACAGAGAGAUCUGAAGGGAAAAUCCGAGGACCUUUGCACGGCAUCCCCAUUGUCAUCAAGGACAACAUUGACACUCACCCCGACCUUGGUUUUCAGACGACUGCCGGGAGCUAUGCGCUCGUGGAUUCCUGGCCGGAGAAGAACGCCAAAAUCGUCGACCUGCUGAUUGCUGCCGGAGUUAUCAUCCUCGGCAAGACGAACCUGAGUGAAUUGUCAAACUACAAAGGCGAAAAUAUAAUCAGUGGCUACUCCGCCGUCGGGGGACAAGUCAAGUCGGCCUACGUACGGGCGACGAGUGAUCCAGACGACAGCAAAGACAGCCAUGGUAACCCUUCUGGAUCUUCUGCUGGCUCGGCGGUCGCAGUCUCGGCAGGCUACAGUCCCUUCUCCAUUGGCACCGAGACCGACGGCUCACUCGUUCUGCCAGCGGGUAGAGCCGCCCUGUAUACGAUCAAGCCAACGAUCGGCCUCGUGCCGCAGGCUGGGAUCGUCCCUAUCUCGGCCAACUUCGACUCGGCGGGUCCCAUGACCAAGACCCCCUACGACCUCGCGGUCCUGCUUGAUGCCAUCGUCGACCCUGAGCGCAAACCUGCGAAAAGCUACACGUCUGCAUUGACAGGUAGCUGGAGUGACAUUUCGGUCGCGACGUUGGAUCCCGAAGUGUGGACCUUGCCGGAAUCGUGGUUGCGGCCCGUUGAAAGUGCCACGCGGCAAAUGACCACCGAGAUCCGUCAGGCGUACGCCAAGAUUGAAACACUGGCCAAAUCCUACGCAGGCAAUGUUCCCCUGAUCGGCCCUCAGGCAUUCCAGAGAAAUGGACAAAACAGCGAGACUGUGGUCGCCGCUGCCGACUUUGUCAAGGCCAUCAAUGCCUACCUCCAGACACGGGUCAACUCGACGGUUCGGAACCUAGGGGAUCUCAUUGAGUUCAAUGAGCGACACGCCGAUCUGGAACUUACUCCAGAUUCUCCGAACCAGGAACGCCUCCUACGAGCGUACCGCCAAUCCCUCACGGAUGAGGAGUACGACGCGCACUGGAACCAUCUCCGACAGGUGGCCAGAGACAGGGGCAUCGAUCACAUUCUCGACACGUACCAGGUCGAUGUGAUCAUGGCGCCGGCGGAUAGUCUUUUGAUAUCCUAUGCGGCUUGUAGUGGCUACCCAAUCGCCACACUCCCUCUCUCGUACCUAUCCUACAACGGCCGUCCGUUUGGCCUCUCGGUCGUCGCCCGCGCGAACCAGGAAGCCGUGCUGAUCAAGGUCCAAAGCGCGUGGGAGGCCACGUUUGGACCGAGGCGGCCGCCUGGGGGGUUGGAAUGA